CCUUGAUAUCGCUUUAUGAUUUUCUCAUUUGAUUAUCAUAAGCAUAUCAACAAAGCGCUCUCUCUCUCUCUCUCUCUCCUCUUUUCUGAUCGGCGAUUAAUCCAAACUCUACGCCUCUUCGUCUUCCCUCUUCCCCCUGCCACAAUCCUUCUCCUAUUUACCCACCUUCGCCGCUCUUUAACGACCACCCAUCGCAAGUAACCGCAAUCCGUACCCGAUACCUGACCCGAAAACCAUACCCGAAAGAUUACACCAAUCAUACGUCAUCGUUUUCUAUUUUUGUCCUUUUUAAUUUUUAAUUUUUUUCUUUCCCCUGGCCGGUGCUUUAAUUCAGUUACCGGCGAUAAAGAAGGUGCGCACGAUUACUAACCUGCGCACUCUCCUUUUGUGAAUGUGAAAAAGCUUGACCUGAUCAGUCAAACUCCGUUGUGUGAAGAUGAAUGAGGGUUUGAAGAAAGCAUAACAAAGUCUUUCUGAAAGCUGGAGGUGUAAAUAAAAUUUUCAUGCGAGAGAAUGGCUUUUUAUAGAAAUUUCACUAACGAAACAGUUUCACAAAGCGUACUUGAAGACAAAGGCCAAGAACAAAGUGUUGGUAGAAUUCACAGCUCAGUAGGUAAUGAGGAUGUAGAUGGGACUUACGGUGAAAGAGGUUUUGAUAUUAAUAUGGAUGUACAGUAUCAAAGCGAUGGAGAAUUAGAUGAUGCUAGUAGGUUGCAGAAUGAGGUAGCUGCUGAUGAUCAUGGCAGUGUGAGAGAUUUAAAUAUGCAGCCUUCUGGAAGGAGAACAGCUUUGGGUGGGGGAUGGGGUUCAACUUUUUGGAAGGACUGCCAACCUAUGGGCCCUGCUGCUGGGGGGUCUGAUUCUGGGCAUGAUUCAAAAUCUGAAUAUAAAAAUGUUGAAGGGUCUGAAGACAAUUCACUGGAUGACAGGGAUGAUAGAUUUGAUUCUGAUGAUGAGGGGCAAAAAGAAGUUGGCAAGGGGCCAAGAGUUCAGUCUGAUGUACCAGCAGAUGAGAUGUUAUCUGAUGAGUACUAUGAGCAGGAUGGGGAAGAUCAAAGUGACUCCAUGCAUUAUAGAGGCUUCAGCCAUUCUGUUGGCUUGAAUUCUAGGCCCCAGUCUAAGCCUGCAGCUGUUAAUAACAAUGUUGCAAGAAGAUCAAGAGCUUUAAAAAGCUGUGAAUAUGAUGACAACAAUGACAAUAAUGAUGAUGCUGAUUAUGAAGAUGAGGAUGAAGAAGAUGACCCUGAUGAUGCAGAUUUUGAGCCUGAUCAUGGUGUUACAAGUGGUCGCACUGGCAACAAGGAUAGAGACUGGGAUGUUGAAGAAUCUGAUGAAGAAGAAAUUAGUGAUGAGGAUCUAGAUGUCUCUGAUGAUGAUGAUUCUUAUUAUAUGAAGAAACCAAAGGGUAGACAACGUGGUGUGAAAGCCAAUCGUAAUGUAAAAUCUGCUAGAGAACAUAAAUCAUUGCAUGCGUCUAGUCGACAAAAAAGAGGGAAAGUAUCAGUGGAAGAGUACAAUUACUCUGCUGAGGACUUUGACAGUGAGAGUGAUGAGGCUUUCAAGAGCAUGACCAGGAGAGGUGUGCAACUUCGUAAAGGCAAUGCUUGGUCUACAAUGUCGACGAGUUUUACUGGACAAAACAGUGAGGUUCGUACUUCAACGAGGUCAGUUCGGAAGGUAUCAUAUGUUGAGAGUGAUGAAAGUGAAGAAGUUGAUGAAAGCAAGAAGAAAAAGCCCCAAAAGGAUGAGAUAGAGGAGGAAGAUGGUGAUACCAUUGAAAAGGUGCUAUGGCACCAGCCAAAGGGCAUGGCGGAAGAUGCUUUAAAGAACAAUAGAUCAACAGAGCCUGUGCUGUUAAGUCACUUGUUUGAUUCUGAGCCUGAUUGGAAUGAGGUGGAAUUCCUAAUAAAAUGGAAAGGCCAGUCACAUUUGCAUUGUCAGUGGAAAUCAUUUGCUGAGCUUCAAAAUCUUAGUGGUUUUAAAAAGGUUUUGAAUUAUACAAAAAAAGUAAUGGAGGAUAUAAGAUACCGGAAGGCUGUUUCACGUGAAGAGAUUGAGGUCAAUGAUGUGAGUAAGGAAAUGGACUUGGAUAUCAUCAAGCAAAAUAGUCAGGUUGAGAGAAUAAUUGCUGAUCGAAUAAGUAAAGAUAGCUCUGAUAAUGUGAUGCCAGAGUAUUUAGUCAAGUGGCAAGGCCUUUCAUAUGCAGAAGUGACCUGGGAGAAGGAUGUAGAUAUUGCUUUUGCUCAAGAUGCUAUUGAUGAGUACAAGGCUCGAGAGGCUGCAAUGGCUGUACAAGGGAAAAUGGUUGAUCACCAGCGUAAGAAGAGCAAAGCAAGUUUAAGAAAGCUUGAUGAACAACCUGAAUGGUUAAAACGUGGAAAGCUUCGUGAUUAUCAGCUUGAAGGUUUGAAUUUUCUGGUUAAUAGUUGGAGAAAUGAUACCAAUGUCAUUUUGGCUGAUGAAAUGGGUCUCGGUAAAACUGUUCAGUCAGUGUCAAUGCUUGGUUUCUUACAGAAUGCCCAACAAAUACCUGGUCCAUUUCUCGUGGUUGUACCAUUAUCCACCUUGUCUAAUUGGGCGAAAGAAUUUAGAAAGUGGCUUCCUACCUUGAAUAUUAUUGUAUAUGUUGGUACCCGUGCAAGCCGAGAGGUUUGCCAGCAAUAUGAGUUUUAUAAUGAUAAGAAAGUUGGUAGGCCUAUAAAAUUUAAUGCCUUGUUGACCACAUAUGAAGUGAUCCUAAAGGACAAAGCUGUUUUGUCCAAGAUAAAAUGGAAUUAUUUGAUGGUUGAUGAGGCGCAUAGGUUAAAGAAUAGUGAGGCGCAGUUGUAUACAACACUUUCGGAAUUUAGCACCAAAAACAAGUUGCUUAUUACUGGCACUCCAUUGCAAAAUAGUGUGGAAGAGCUAUGGGCUUUGCUUCACUUUCUUGAUCCUGAUAAGUUCAAGAGUAAGGAUGAUUUCGUCCAAAAUUACAAGAAUCUUAGUUCAUUCAAUGAAAAUGAGCUUGCUAAUCUUCAUAUGGAACUGAGGCCUCACAUUCUCCGGAGAGUCAUUAAGGAUGUUGAGAAGUCCUUGCCUCCAAAGAUUGAACGUAUUCUUAGAGUUGAAAUGUCUCCUCUUCAGAAGCAGUACUAUAAGUGGAUUCUAGAGCGCAACUUCCAUGAUUUGAACAAGGGAGUUCGUGGGAAUCAAGUUUCACUUUUGAAUAUUGUUGUCGAGUUGAAAAAAUGUUGCAAUCAUCCCUUCCUAUUUGAGAGUGCAGACCAUGGUUAUGGUGGGGACAUGGGCAUUAAUGAUAACAGUAAAUUGGAGAGAAUUAUUCUGAGCAGUGGGAAGCUUGUUAUACUUGAUAAGCUUCUAACCAGGUUGCAUGAGACAAAACAUCGUGUGUUGAUCUUUUCCCAGAUGGUUAGAAUGUUGGAUAUACUAGCAGAGUACAUGUCUUAUAGAGGUUUCCAGUUUCAAAGGCUUGAUGGUAGUACAAAGGCUGAUUUUCGCCAGCAAGCUAUGGAUCAUUUUAAUGCACCUGGUAGUGAGGAUUUUUGCUUCUUGCUUUCAACUCGUGCUGGUGGCCUUGGUAUCAAUCUUGCAACAGCAGACACAGUUAUAAUAUUUGAUUCUGACUGGAAUCCACAGAAUGACUUACAGGCAAUGAGUAGAGCUCAUAGAAUUGGGCAGCAAGAAGUUGUCAACAUCUAUAGAUUUGUUACAAGCAAAAGUGUUGAGGAAGACAUCCUGGAGCGUGCUAAGAAAAAGAUGGUUCUUGACCAUUUGGUGAUCCAAAAGUUAAAUGCCGAGGGUAGGCUGGAGAAGAAAGAAGCAAAGAAAGGGAGUUAUUUUGACAAAAAUGAACUCUCUGCUAUUUUGAGAUUUGGGGCUGAGGAACUUUUUAAAGAAGACAGAAAUGAUGAAGAAAGUAAAAAAAGACUUUUAAGUAUGGAUAUUGAUGAAAUACUUGAAAGAGCAGAGAAAGUUGAGGAGAAGGAAGCUGAAGGAGAGCAAGGGAAUGAACUGCUCAGUGCUUUUAAGGUUGCCAAUUUCGGUAAUGCUGAAGAUGAUGCAACUUUCUGGAGUCGUUGGAUAAAACCUGAUGAUGUAGCUCAAGCUGAAGAAGCUUUAGCUCCUCGUGCUGCUAGGAAUACUAAGAGCUAUGCAGAGGCAAAUGAACCUGAGAGAGGUAGUAAAAGGAAGAAGAAAGGGUCUGAGGCUCAGGAUCCCCCAGAGAGAGUCCAGAAGCACCGCAAAGCAGAAUUUUCUGUUCCCACACUCCCAAUUAUGGAGGGAGCAUCUGCACAAGUGAGAGAAUGGUCUUAUGGGAAUCUUUCUAAGAGAGAUGCACAGCGUUUUUCUCGUGCGGUUAUGAAGUUUGGGAACCCCAGUCAAAUCGGUCAAAUAGCUGUGGAGGUUGGUGGUGCUGUUGCAUCAGUUCCACCUGAAGCACAGAUUGAGCUUUUUGAUAUUUUAAUUGAGGGGUGUACAGAUGCAGUCAAAGAAGGAAGUCUGGACCCAAAGGGUCCUUUGCUGGAUUUUUUUGGUGUCUCUGUGAAGGCUAAUGAUCUACUAACCCGUGUCCAAGAACUUCAACUCUUGGAGAAGCGCAUAAUUCGCUAUGAAGAUCCUAUUAAGCAAUUUCGAGUGCUGAUGUAUCUUAAACCUACAAAUUGGUCCAAAGGUUGUGGGUGGAAUCAAAUUGAUGAUGCAAGAUUGCUUCUGGGUAUAUAUUACCAUGGAUUUGGCAAUUGGGAAAAAAUAAGGUUAGAUGAUAGGCUUGGCCUUACUAAGAAGAUUGCUCCUGUUGAACUUCAACACCAUGAGACUUUUCUACCACGUGCACCAAAUCUGAAAGAGCGUGCUAACACACUUUUGGAAAUGGAACUUGCAGCUGUUGGUGGAAAAAGUGCCAAUGCUAAAGGUGGUCGCAAGGCUUCCAAAAAGGAGAAAGGAAAUAUUCUUAACAUGUCAAUAUCUCAGAUCAAGGGCAAGAAAGGAAAGUCUGGUACCUCCAAGUUCAAUUUCCAAAUUACCAAAGAUAGACAUAAACCUCAAAGAGUCGAACCUUUAGUAAAAGAAGAGGGUGAAAUGUCUGACAAUGAGGAAGUAUAUGAGCAGUUUAAGGAAGUGAAAUGGAUGGAAUGGUGUGAAGAUGUCAUGAUUACUGAAAUCAAAACCCUGCAGCGUCUUCACAGGUUGCAGACCACCAGUGCUGAUCUUCCAAAAGAAAAGGUGCUUUCAAGAAUUAGGAACUACUUGCAGCUUAUAGGACGAAGGAUAGACCAAAUUGUUUUAGAGCAUGAAGAGGAACUGUAUAAACAAGAUAGGAUGACCAUGCGAUUGUGGAACUAUGUCUCCACCUUCUCAAAUCUUUCUGGGGAGAGGCUUCAUCAGAUUUAUUCAAAACUAAAGCAGGAGCAGGACGAGGAGGCAGGGGUUGGACCCUCCCACAUUAAUGGCUCUGCUUCUGGUCCUAUUGACAGUAGUUAUCUAAAUAAUUUUUCUACCUUCACUAGGCCAAAGGGGUACAAGAAUGUGACCACCUAUCAAACGGCAGAACCAAUUCACAAGGGUAUUGACACAAAAAAAUUUGAAGCAUGGAAGAGAAGGAGAAGAGCGGAAGCUGAAGCCUUUCCCCCAGCUCAGGCCAUAUUGCAAAGACCUAUUAGUAACGGUGCUCGUGUAUCAGAUCCAAGCUCACUGGGAAUUCUUGGGGCGGCACCUACUGACAGCAGACGAUUUGGUAAUGAGAGACCUUAUCGGAUACGUCAAGCUGGCUUUCCACGCAGACCCGCUUUCCCUUCAGGAAUCAAGUAGCAGUCUUUCUCUGAUUUAUGAGCUCAGUUGAUUGAAGACUGACGCCGGUUGGCUUUCACCUGGUAGAAUUUUCCUAUUAAGCCAUUAAAUAUUCUCUGGAAUUCUUUAUUGCCAUGGGAAUAAAAAAUGCACAGACCCAGCCUGGUUUUGUUACGGCUGCUGAUCUGUAAGGGAGGGAAUCGCAUUUAGACACUGCACUGAGGAAGAAAGCCUAGAGGUCAAUUUGACAUAGCAAGAGACAUGGCAGUCUUGCCAUGAUUUUUUAGUAUUUUCCUUAAAGAAUGAGUGGAGUAAAUUGUUUACGUGUAAUAUAACGAAAAUUAGCAAGAGAAAAAAUCACACCAGUUAGAAAUAUCAAGAUGCCAGGGGAACAGUAUAUAUAUGUAUUAUGCUAUUGAGAAAUUGUACAUUAUCAAUUUUGCUUAAUUUUGUAGCUCAUUACCAUCCUACA